CCAGAGUGCCUCCGCCUCGCCGGCUUCCUGCCCUCACAUGACAGCUGCCUGGCUGCGCCAUGGCGGAAGCCGGGGAGAAGGAAACCAGGUCUUAUGAGGAAUCAACAGAUGAAUCUGAGCAUUUUGCCUCUAUCCUUCCUACAGAGGUGCAGCAUCUUGUAAAGGAAGAUGAGAGUGAAGAAGAACCUAAGCUCAAGUAUGAACGGCUUUCUAAUGGAGUGACUGAAAUUCUCCAGAAGGAUGCAGCCAGCUGCAUGACAGUGCAUGAAAAGUUUUUGGCACUGGGAACACAUUAUGGCAAAGUUUAUUUACUUGAUGUCCAGGGGAACAUCACACAGAAGUUUGAUGUUAGCCCAGUGAAGAUAAAUCAGAUCAGCCUGGAUGAAAGUGGAGAGCACAUGGGUGUUUGCUCAGAAGAUGGGAAGGUACAAGUGUUUGGAUUAUAUUCAGCAGAAGAGUUUCAUGAAACAUUUGACUGUCCUAUUAAAAUUGUUGCUGUUCAUCCUCAAUUUGUAAGAUCCCACUUCAAGCAAUUUGUAACAGGAGGAAAAAAGUUGCUGUUGUAUGAAAGAGGUUGGAUGAAUAGAUGGAAGCCUUCAGUUUUACAUGAAGGGGAAGGAAAUAUAAGAAAUAUUAAAUGGAGAGGGCACCUAAUUGCUUGGGCUAAUAAUAUGGGCGUGAAGAUACUUGACAUGAUCUCCAAGCAAAGAAUUACCAAUGUGCCUCGAGAUGACAUAAGCCUUCGCCCAGAUAUGUAUCCCUGCAGCCUUUGCUGGAAGGAUAAUUUAACGCUGAUUAUUGGCUGGGGAAAUUCAGUAAAGAUUUGCUCAGUAAAAGAACGGCAUGCCAGUGAAAUGCGUGACCUACCAAACCGCUACGUGGAAAUAGUUUUCCAAUUUGACACCGAAUUCUACGUCAGUGGACUUGCACCUCUCUGUGACCAGCUUGUUAUACUUUCAUAUGUAAAGGAGAUCUCCGAAAAAACGGAAGUGGAGUGUUGUGCAAGGCCUAGACUUGAUAUUGUACAACCCCUGCCUGAGUCCUGUGAAGAGAUCUCUUCUGAUGCACUAACAGUACGAGGAUUUCAGGAAAAUGAAUGUCGUGAUUAUCAUUUAGAGUAUUCAGAAGGUGAAUCGCUUUUUUAUAUCAUCAGCCCAAGAGAUGUGGUUGUGGCCAAAGAGCGGGACCAGGAUGAUCACAUUGACUGGCUUCUUGAAAAGAAGAAAUACGAAGAAGCUUUGAUGGCAGCUGAGAUCAGUCAAAAAACCAUAAAAAAGCACAAGAUUUUGGACAUUGGCUUAGCCUAUAUAAAUCACCUGAUGGAGAAAGGAGAGUACGACCUGGCUGCUCGAAAGUGCCAGAAAAUCCUUGGCAAAAACACAGAACUCUGGGAAUUUGAAGUUUACAAGUUUAAAGAAAUAGGUCAGCUUAAAGCAAUUAGUCGUUACUUGCCAAGACGAGAUCCAGUUUUGAAACCUCUGAUCUAUGAAAUGGUCCUGCAUGAAUUUUUGGAAAGUGACUAUGAGGGGUUUGCAACACUAAUAAAAGAAUGGCCUGGAGAUCUGUACAACAACACAAUCAUAGUUCAAGCUGUAGUGGAUCACCUGAAGAAAGAUCCACAGAACAGGACUUUGCUACGAACACUUGCAGAAUUGUACACUUACGAUCAGCGGUAUGGCAGAGCCCUAGAAAUCUACCUAACUCUGAGGCACAAAGAUGUCUUCCAGUUGAUCCACAAGCACAAUCUCUUCAGUUCUAUUAGAGACAAAAUUGUUCUGCUCAUGGAUUUCGAUUCAGAGAAAGCAGUAGACAUGCUUUUGGAUAAUGAAGAUAAAAUUUCCAUUGACAGAGUUGUUGAAGAGCUAGAAAACAGGCCUGAGUUACAGCAUGUGUAUUUACACAAGCUUUUCAAAAGAGACCACCAUAAAGGCCAACGAUAUCAUGAGAAACAGAUCAGUCUUUAUGCUGAAUAUGAUCGACCAAACUUACUUCCAUUUCUCAGAGACAGCACACACUGCCCACUGGAGAAGGCUCUUGAGAUCUGCCAGCAGAGGAACUUUGUAGAGGAGACAGUCUAUCUUCUGAGCAGGAUGGGUAAUAGCCGCAGUGCCUUGAAGAUGAUAAUGGAAGAAUUGCAAGAUGUAGAUAAAGCUAUUGAAUUUGCCAAGGAACAGGAUGAUGGAGAACUUUGGGAAGAUCUCAUUUUAUAUUCUAUUGACAAACCACCUUUUAUUACUGGUUUGCUGAACAAUAUUGGAACCCAUGUUGAUCCUAUUCUUUUGAUCCACCGCAUUAAGGAAGGCAUGGAGAUUCCUAAUUUGAGAGACUCACUAGUGAAAAUUCUUCAGGACUACAACUUGCAGAUCUUGCUGCGGGAAGGAUGCAAAAAGAUACUUGUUGCUGAUUCUCUUUCUUUAUUGAAGAAAAUGCAUCGAACUCAGAUGAAGGGUGUUCUAGUGGAUGAGGAGAAUAUCUGUGAAUCAUGUCUGUCUCCAAUACUUCCUUCAGAUGCAUCCAAGGCCUUCAGUGUGGUAGUGUUCCACUGCAGACACAUGUUUCACAGAGAGUGCCUGCCUGUAUCUAACACAGUAUCUUCUGUCCAGUUCUGCAAUAUAUGCAGUGCCAAACACAGGGGGCCAGGAAGUGCAGUCCUGGAGAUGAAGAAAUAGCAGUGGCCUAGUUCUCCAUGUCAGUCAGUGACACCAAAUCUGUUAGGACCAUAAGAGCCACUGUAAUUUUCCAUUUCUGUAUAUAAUUUUGAUUGUGAUUCAAAAGUGGUUCCUGUAGUUUAUCCUGUUUAUUGAAUAUUUUGGGUAAUGACAAAAAUGUGAAAAUCUUUUGUCUGGUAAGUCUUUGUUAUGCAAUUCAUAUGUCAUGGUUCCUUUGCUCAGCUAGUUAACUUCAUUCUGGAACAGAAAAUAAAAAUAAAGCGUGAAACAAAAAACCCAUGCGAUUUAGAGAUUUGUGUUUGCUAUCAGUUAAUGUGCAUUCAGUUUGAAGCCACAUCAGGCUUAUGGUUGGAUAUUGUAAAGAAAAAUGUAAUGCCAUGAACUCAGUUCACCAGACUACUUCAAUCCUGAUUUAGUCUAUUUACCUUGAGAGAACUUGAAGUUGUGUGCCAACUCAUACCUUCAGUUAACAAAUUUGUUAACUGUGAAUUCCAUACGUUGGCAAUUUGCCCUUGUUACACUUUCAUAGUUCAUUAGAAACUGGUUAACUUCUCAAUUAAUCUUCACAAUGUAGUAGUUUAAAGUGGGUUUUUCUCAUGUUCAACUCAUCCAGAAACUUUAUUUUUAAAGUCAGCAGUAGGUCUCUAUGCUUAUUUUAUGUGUGGUUGAAGUGCAUGGUUUCAUUUAAGUGCAAGAGAAAAAAAUGUAUCUGACUUUUCAAAGGUAAGAUCUCUAGAAGUGUCUUCUGGCGUUAGCAAUUUAACAAGUUAAAUAAGUCAACUGGAUGUUAACAAAAUUAUAUUUUUCAUUUGAACUGCAUUCUGUUUUGUUGAUCCAAAGGAAGUGAUCUUUGAGAAUGUCUUCACAGUAAUGUAAUCUGUUUAUAAUUUAUGCUGACUAAAUUCAAAAUAAGCAUCUUUUCCUUAAGAAAAGUAAUCAGAACUCCCAAGUUAUUUUUCUGGGUUUUAAUAACUUGAGUUUGAAAGUAAAAAUAUAUUUUUUUGCCAUCAAAUUAACUGUUAACUGUUAACUGUUUGAACAAGUUAACGUGGUAACAUCCUAAGUUCUAAAUCAACAGUAUAUACUGCAGUCUAUCUGCAAAACUGGAAAAUAUGGUACCUCUAAUACAACAUCUUCUUCUAUACCUUAUUCCCAUGUAAAUACACCUUAAAAUAAUUUCUACUGUGGAAACUUGGAUUUCUAGUUUACGUAUAUUCAUAAUUAUCUUUUAAAAUCCUCUGGGGAAUUGGUAUAGCAAUCUGAAGAAUGAUUUUGUGUUGUCCACUGUGCAGCUCUGUAUAAUACUGGAAUAAAAAUUUAUGGGUUUAGAAAUGCUAGGAUUUACUCUGCAUGAUUACAUAGGCAAAACAAUCACUAAAAGAAUAGAUCUUCUCAAAAGCAUACUAAUCUUUUAGGUUAACACAGGCAGUUGAGGGAAAAAUAAAAAAAAAGUUGCAAAUUAUUAAUGAACAUAGAUUGAGUGGAAUAACAGAAGGGUAGGAGGUUUAUAGUGUAGGGAAUUGUCUGCAUACAUCAAGCUUCACCCAUAAGAAUUUGUGCCUGGCUUUGCAGCUGUUUGUUUUCAGCAGCUAGUACGUAUCCUCAGGUAUAUUGUUCCUUUAUCCAUUCUUCACUAUGCUGAUCAGGAAAGCUGCUUUGAUUCCUAGUAAAUGAAAUGUUCCAGUGACCUCGAGACUUGUUUCACCAUGAUGCUUGAGUUAAUGCAUGCCAUGCAUGUAAAAGUUAAAAAAAUUUUUAAACCCCUCUUCUUCAGUAGCUUUAAAGAGUUUUUCUGUGUUCUAUCUUAAGAAUGCAAUAAGCUGUCAGCUUACAGGAGGAAAAAGUUAACCUACUUCCAUAGCUGUAUAUGGAAAAGUGUCCUGUAGAUUAGAGUUACACGAUAAUUUCAAAAGUGUAUAUUUUUUUACUUCAGCUUGGCCUUAAAUUCACUAAAGCAUUUGAUCAUUCUGUGACUCAGUUUGCUAGUCUGCCAUCAUCAGCAAUCAUACUGCAUUAUAGCCUGGCAUAUUCUUUGCAUUAUGCAAGUAAUUUUAAAUCACUGUAUGAAAAUCUAAUCAAAAUCUUCACUAAAUCCAAAGCUUCUUUCAUUUGGGCUUCAGGGACUACCCUUUUCAUGUUUCUCAAGUCUAAAUUUGCUCAUUAAGAUUCAGCAGGAUAUGUGCAGACUUGACUUUGAUACACCCUUCUUCCUAAGAAGCCUUUGCAUCAUAGAAAACAUCUGAUAUUAGAGUCUAAAAUAUUCAGCUACCCAAGAGCUUUUCUUCUGAAGAAGAACUUUGCCUAAGAAUUAACUGUAAAGUUGCAGAACAUAUCAGAAAAGUACAGAGUAGCACUUAAUGAGUUUCAACUGCACUUUCUUCAGAUGCCAAAGCUCUUGUGCUUCUAAGGUAAACUUCAAAUAAACUUAAAAGCUAUUUUUUCUCUGAUACAUCCAUUUCUGUGUGAGUUCUUGACCAAUAAAGGUAACUGAAACUAUUUGUGGUGGAUCAAGUAAGUAUAAAUUGGUUUAUCGUAUCAAAAGAGAGAAAACUAUUUUGGCUUGUAAGCAGGACAUCUCACCUUCCCCCAUAAGAAAUUAUGUUGUUAACCAAUCAGAUAACUUAAACAGGACAAGCUGUCUUGUAGAGAGUUAUUUUUAUGCCUUGGGGUUUAUACUGGUCUCCCAACCAGCAAAAACCAUCUUGCUGUUGAAGUGAGAUCUGACAAAAUAGGUUGGAUUUCUGACUGACAGACACUCACUUUACAAACUAUAAAAGCCAUGCUAAACUUUCACAGAGCAGAAAUCUUCUAUACAUUUUCCUGGAAAUGUAUGGAGCUUUCCCCAUGAGUAGGGAUGCCUGCUUUGCAGUUAUUUUCCAGGGGUUAAGUGAAGUAAUCUGUGUACAUUACUGUCAUUUUGGCUGUAAGUUACAUUUGACUCCUAAUCAAUACUAUUUCUUUUGGUAGCUUUACUACAGCUACCUUGAUAUAGUUCAGCAUUAUGUGUUAUGCUCUAAUCUAGUAGUUCUUAACCUGUAUACUUCGUAGUAAGCAAUCCUGAUCAAGAUUUUUAUGUGUUAUUUCAUGUCUGUUUAAUAAAUAGUUCAUUUUAUAAAUAGACCUUGAUCUGCCAUCCUUAGAACUUGCCAAAGUGAUUUCUUUAAUUUAAACUGUUGUCAAAAUCUGAGACUAAGGCAGAGUUUGUUUAAAGCUCCCACUCAUCCUGUGACAGGCUAAAGUGAGUCUUCAGAUGAUUUUUCACAUCUGUCCUUUUAUUACUUUAAACCUCCAGUGCUGUGUGAUAGGCUUGGUGAAAAUGUUGGGCUACACUGAAGAUUUUGGGGGGCCCAAGAGAGUGGGGAGCUGGAGGUGCCUACUCAGCAUGAGGCUAUUUAGUCCUGCUGAGAACCCAGUUAAAGUGGACAGCAUCAUGAUAAAGGUUGACUUCUGCAAAAGGAGGAGUUUUGCAGAAGUCAGGCCUUGGAUCAGCAAUGUAUUGAAUCAACUGUGUAUGACAGUUGGGCAAGAGUCUGCUGCCCACCAUGACAUGAUUCAGUGGUUCAGUUAUUGCUUCAAGAAGUUGUUCUUUAGACAGAGGUAUGUUUUCUAAAGCUGCUCUACAGGACGCCUUGAAUACAUUGGGUAUUGUGUGUUGGAACAUGAGGAAGUUCAGUUCCUGACACUGAUCUUGUGCUACACAGCAAGGGCAAAGACAAAAUGAGUUGCUUCCCCAUUUUUGGAUGUAUGUCAUACUCCGUAUGGUAUCAUAUUCCAUACAUUUUGGCUGAUAAUUGGGUGGAGGUUGUCAGUAUUCUGUAUAGAAUGCACAGGUUGGUCUAGCAAAUUUUCAUCAUAGAAAAUUUAUUCACUUUCCAUCUUAGGCUUAAUGUUUAUUCAGCUGGAGUCUUUUAAGCAGGCACUGUUCUUUUUUUUGCCAUUGAGUAGUCUACCACAGUGGUUCAGUGGUUUUCUGCUUGCUGUGUAGAGUUCCUGACUGUAAUUCAAGGGAGCUGGAAUUGCAAAUAAUCUCUUGAAUAAAAACGUCACAGUGGAUUUCCUGCUUCUGAAAUGAUGUGAUUUAGCAUUCAAAUACUGUAUGUCUGCAGUCACCUUGGAAAAACAGUGCCAUCUCUGCAGGUUGGUUGCACUAGUCCUUGCCUAUGCUUUGGAAAACUACUUGCAGAAAACUUCUUCCCUAAUGCUGAACAAGGGUGAUUAUCUGAAUGAAGAAAAAUCUCUCUGAGAAGCUAGUUUCCCGUCUCCUGUUGUACAGUUUUGGCCUCUUAUUCAGGCAGUAUAACUUUUACCCCUGUUUGUAAAUGCUAGGCAUAACAUUAGGGUUUCUUCCUCUCUGGAAAGCUUCCCUCUCAAAGAUUGUAUCUUUGCUAAAUACUUGCUGUAAAUCAACUGCUGUACUUUCAAAAUAACUUAAACAAGGUUAGUAAGAAAAUAAGUACCUUAUGUAGAGAAUGAUGCUUUAAUUAUAUACUUUUUAUUCUACUGUGCCAUGAAAGAUUAAUUUGCCUUUGGAAUUAAAAAUAUCCAUAGAUUA